AUGUUGAGAUUUAUAAGAUAUGCGAGUAUUUUCAUUUUAGUGAUUUCAUUGACUUUUUAUUUUGUUGGACAUAAACCAUUGCCAAGAUUAAAUAAGUUUGAUAAUAAUAUAACGAACCAUGAAGAAAAAUAUUUAACCUACCUUCCCCACGAUGGUUUUAAUAAUCAAAGAAUUGAAUUAGAAAAUGCAAUAUUUCUUGCAUGGUUUUUAAAUAGAACAUUAAUAAUUCCGCCACUCAUAUUUUUCAAAGGAGUUGCGCCGAUCAUAUCGCAACCAUAUGAUGAAUUAUAUACUCUUUUAUCACAAUUUAUACACCCUAACGACAAUUUCGAAAAAAAUAAAUUUAAUUUUUGUUUUAGUGAAGACAAAACAAAUUGUAAUUUUGUAUUAUGUUAUCGAGAAGAUCAAAAUAAUUGCAAAACAAUAUCUUAUACAUUGUAUAAUUGGGAAGAGUUAAUGGACUUUACAUUUUUGAAACAACAUAUCAAAUACGUUCAUCGUCAAGAUUUUAAUCUUAAAUAUUUACUAGAAUCACUUCAUAUUUAUAAUAAUAUUGAAGUGUAUAAUGUGACCAAAGAUCAAACUCAAUACCAACAACGUUAUUAUGAUAAUCCUAGAUCAAAAACCAAACUUGGUAAAUUUAAAGAACGAGUGAAUUUAAUCGACUUAAGUAAAAGAACCGAAAAAUUAUUACAUUUUGGAAGUGUAUUUUCAUCGGUUAGAAUUGUUAAACAAUUACCCGAAAGUAUUGAAUUUUCGAAAAAGUUAAUAAAUGAAAUGUUACCCAACAAUCCAACUAUAAUUAAUAUAGUAAAUAUGAUUAUUAAUAAAAUUGGAGGAAAGGGUACUUUUAUUGGAGUACAUGCAAGAUUAGGAGAUGGAGUCUUUAUCACGAAUCAAAAUAAAACGAUACAAAAAUUUAUCGAAAGAAUUCAAAUAGAUUUUAAGGAUAUCGAAGUAAAAAGUGAUAAAAUUUGUUUACCAACCAUAAUAUUCCUGGCAACAGAUGUAAAACGUAAUCACCCUUCCCUUCAACCAUUCUUUCAAACUUUUCCAUGUGUAUACACAUUAGAUGACUUUGAUGACUUAUUAGAACCUUUGAAAAUUUUAAGAAAUCCUAGGGAUGGUAUGAUUAUGUAUGAAUUUUUAUUACCUUUGGUUGAUUUACUAAUAGUUUCAAGGGGUAACAAAUUCUAUGAAACACAUAGAAGCACUUUUUCAGG